AUGCCUCCUUUGCAGUCCUUCUUUUCUGAUGCUGACGAUACGGAAGUCAUCGAGAUCUCAGAUAGUGACGACGAGACGAAUACUGACGAUGAACGAACUCGGCGUAAGCUGACGGCACUUUUCGAAGAUACUUCAAUCUCGGCAGACUCGGAAUCCUCAGAUGACGAAGUCCUUGGUCCACGCACUCGCUUGCGAUCAGCAAGAACAUAUCGUGACGAGGACGCCAGAUCGAUUGACUCGUCAGAUGAUACCCUUGAUAGUUUAUGUGAGGCGCUGGCCGAAGAACUUCACAGCCUCGAAAGUCCCGAAGAUCUAGCUCUGCUCUACCCUCGAAAAUUCUCAACAUCGUCCGCCCUCGGUGUGGCCCUGCCUUGCGCGUCGGAGCAUGAUGUCUUGAACGAAUUCAUUGCAAUGGACAAGAAAAAUAUGAUACCUUCCGAUGAAGGGGAUUUCUAUGAGUUCGAUCUCGAAGAUUUCUCUGUCUAUCGCUCUCCCGAACAGCCGUCCGGAUUUAAAGGACAAUAUGAAAACUUGGUCACAGUACAGACAUCGAAAAAGACGGAACAAUUUCUCGUGGAUGGAAUAUUGGUACACAACGGUAAUCGACGCCCCGUUAGAUGUGCUUUGAUCUCGACUGUGACAUUCGGGGAGCUGGAGAAGUUGGAAAGCUCCACCACCGAAGGUCAGAUAUGGAUUGACACGGUCCAUUCUUCUGAGAGGAAAUAUUAUUAUCGACUCCGCAAGCCAGCCGCAGGAUACAGAGAGCAUUGGAAACAGUUUUUGUGGGUUGCGAAUCUCUGCAAGUAUGUUAUUGACUUCCUCAAAGUCAAAGGCAAUGGCGUAGGUCUCAGGGAUUUCGAAUCGACCUUUUGGAGAUGGCUAAACCAUCAACACGGCGAGAAUAUUUCUUCUUGGCAUCUUCAGUGUGGGAAAAAGGAGGACUUUCGACCUUGGAUAUGCCAGCAUCGAUUUUUUCUUUGGAAUACCUUUUAUGGCUUACAUAACAAGCACGAUGCACAUUCUUUAUGGAACGAACUCGGGGUAUUCGACCGUCCUGAUAACAGAAAAAGUCAGUCCAAGUCAGAGAAGACCGUCGUGACUCCUCAGAUUGGAGAUCAGUUUCUUCGUGUGUUUCCGCGCUGGCGAAAGCUUCAACUACUCGAGAUUGUUCAACCAUGUCCAGAUGUGAAGGCUUUUCGACAACAGAGAAUUCAUAAGUGGAAAUUCCCGCAAAAAUUGGCGUAUCGACAAGAGCGCUAUUUCAACAAGCAAAGAACCUCUAAAGCUGCCUCAAUUCUCGAGAAUACAAAAGCAGAUCAACAUAUUUCGCUAAAGCCUUUUGAGUUGAUACGAAAAGUGGUUAUCAUUCGAUUGGGAAAUCGACAGCACUAUGAACUCCGUUACGCGUUUGUUCGAUGGGCUUCAAAUACCUCUAUCAAAGUAGUCUGGGCGGUCUUACCAUCAAGCACACUCUGUGGCUCAGAGAAGGAUGGCACAGAAUACCCAAUCGGUAAUGAAUUAUUCUUCUCUGAUCAAUGCAAUUGUGAAGAGAUUUCAAUUCAAAAUGUUGUGAGGAUUGUUAACGUCAGUGUCUUUUCAGAUCACGCCAAAGCAAGUGAGAGUGCAGAACUUUUCAUUCAUUGUCUCUUUCGCGAAAAGGAAGAUUCAUUUAUCACAGCUAUCGAAGAUGAGCUUAUCUGUUAUUGUCAAAGCAGACAAAGCAAGAAAAAUGCUCAGAGUUCAGUCACUCGUAAUAGCGAUAUUCAUUAUCCGAAGAUGAAAGUACUCAGUCUAUUUGCAGGCGGUGGUCUAUGGGAUCACAGUUUCACCUGUUCAGGUUAUGCAGAGAUUAUUACUGCUGUUGAGCACGAUGAGAUGGCUAUACUUAGUCAUCGAGCAAAUUAUCACUACUCAAGAGACACACAAUAUAAACUUGAUUCAGUGAAUACAGUUCUGCGGGAAUAUCUGACAGGAGUUGGGCUCCUGAAUCAUGUCGACUGUCUCAUUGCUGGUUGUCCCUGUCAAGGUUUCAGCCCCUUAAACAGACACCCAAAUUCUGAAGGGGCUCUCCGGAACUGCACACUACUGGCCAAUACGAUCUCAUAUAUCGAGACCCUAAUGCCAGCCUAUGCUGUGAUUGAGAACGUACCGAGAAUGAUUGAGCGCAGGAGUCCAAAUGAAGGAAAACAAGCUAUAUGUCACCUAGUGGCGCUGGGCUAUCAAGUUCGCAAAAUGAUUCUCAGAGCAGCCAAACUAGGUGGAGCAUCUAAGCGCGAGCGACUUAUCAUCAUCGCUGCUGCACCAGGCGCGGUCCUUCCAGCGUCAAUUGAUGAGAUCUCAGAGCCAAGAGCGUGUAGCCUUACUAUGGCUAACCUAUCACCAGUGCAUAACGACACAAGUAUCAAUAUUCUUGAUCCAUUUCACAUUCCGAUAUCUCGACUCCAUGUAUCUCUUCAAGAUGAGAUCAGUCUAAGAAACGUCGUCCAGCGAAUUCCGACAACCCCAAGUGGAAUGUCUCUAAGCAAGGCUUAUCAUCAUGGCCAUCUAUCACCAUCACAGAAUACGUGGUUUAGAAGUUUGAACGCUAAAAAGCAAGCGAAAGGUUCGAAGUCUUACGGACGACUGGAUCCCAACAAGCCUUUUCCAACCAUAUGCACCAAGAUUGUGCCUAAAAGUGACUCGAAUGGACAAUUAAUGCAUCCUUAUGAACAUCGAACAAUUUCACUGAGGGAAGCAAUGCGCGCAAUGGAUCUCCCGAAGAAUUUCCUACUGAUAGGUUCAAUGUCUCAGCAAUAUGAGAUCCUCGGGAACGGAGUGCCCUACUCGAUCGGUGCAGUGUUAGGGCGAGCAGUCGGUAAAGCCUGGAGAGCCACUUUAAGUCAACGAGGAACCGAUUGCGCAUCGUCCAAUCUCAAUGAGGCUCAAACGCCGCCGCUGUCAAAGCCAUGUUCGAACGCAGCAGAGCCCAGAAGACACAAGCGAGCAGUUGUACUGGAUGAGGAAGACGAAGAAGACGACGAAGGAGCCAUGGCUCCUCCAAUUGUCGCACCUCGAAGACAUAAACGUGCGGUUGUUCUCGACGACUCGGACGAGGAUGAAGGUGAUGAUGGCAACGACUCGGAUGUUGUUUUUGUGGAUGUCAAACCUGUCAAGAGGAAUCGCUUGGUAUGA